AUGUCUACUAAGAAGAAAGUGGUAGUGAAUUCGUACUUCCUUUCCCAGGAAGAUCAUAAGAAGUACGCUCCGCCUUAUUUCCAGGAUGGUGUGGAGAUCCUGGAGGAAACGGAGUGUACAACGCAGGGUGACUGGCCCUCAUGGCUGUCUGGUACUCUAGUUCGUGUUGCCGCCGGGAGAUAUACGGUGCCACUUUCUGAGGAUGACUCGAAGCCUGCAGCCAUUCUCCAGCACUUUUUUGAUGGUCUUGCGAUGCUCCAUAGAUUCCGCAUGCAUGAGGGGAAGGUUUACUACAAUAACCGACAUACUGCCAACGGGGUAGUGGCGAAGGCAAAGAAGACCGGAUAUCUCUCAUCUCAUUUCUUCGGACCAAACGCGAAUACGAGUCUGAUCGAGGCGGAAGACCCUUGUUCAGCGUUGUUUCGUACACAGCAAAGCUUUUUCACAGAGGGAGGGCAUUCUGGCCCUGAGGAUCGAAAUAUUGCGGUAGUUCCCCGUCGCGGGUACUCUCUUCCUCCAAGUUCCAAUUCUCUGGACCGCGGAGUUGCAUCAAACAAGCCAGAGCAGGAAGAACUCAUUGUUCAUACCGACUUCAACGCCCUCCAAGUGUGUGAUCAAAAGACCCUGGAGCCAAAGCGUCUUCUAACCUAUGCCGAAAUUGAUCCGGAACUUGCUGGCCACGGUAUAUGUGCCCAUCCCCCAAAAGAUCGCACAAUUGGCUGUAUCUACAAUUAUCUUGUCAACAAGACGGGAAAGCUGUCGGUGUUCUCUCUUCAAUACACGGAAAGCCCUGCCAAACUGAAGUGGAAGACCGAAAUUCCUUGCAAGCCAUGUUAUAUCCACUCAAUGGCAAUGACCCAGAACUAUGUGGUUUUCAUUCGCAAUCCAAUUUCUCUAGAUACCAGCGACGUGUCAAAGUCAAUCACCGAUAUGAUGAUUUAUGAAGAAGAAUCCCCGGUAUCUUUUUUUGUCCUAGACAAGUUCACCGGCAAGUUUUUGGCGCAAUAUGACGGUCCAAAUUUCAUGUUUUUCCAUACUGUCAAUGGUUUCGACUUCUACGAAUCGGGUGACAGAACUCUACAGAUUGAUAUCUGUGCUUACGACACUGCGUCUAUUCCGUAUCGGGAGUAUUGCGUCAGCAACGUGGUUGAUCCUGCUGAGCCUUUCGCUGAUGGUACACUUGUACGCUAUCAGCUUGAACGCCUAGACUAUCAUACGGAGUCGAAGAGUGUGGGAAGGGUGGUUGUAGCACAGUCGAUUCCAGGUACUGGAAUGGAGCUACCCAGAAUCGCAAAGUCUGCUUCAAUGAACCCGAACUACAGGUAUGUUUAUGCCACAGGAGGGAACGGAGAGUCAUCACCUGGUACACUUGUUCCUAUUGGGCGUUUAGGCAAUGGCCUGAAAGUUAUUCAGGCUGCCUUCUUCGGCAGUAUCGUCAAGUCAGACUGGGAGACUGGGUCAUUCUUGAAAUGGAAGCCUAGCGGCGGUGAGAGUUGUCCAUGCGAGCCGAUCAUGGUGUCACGACCUGGAUCUACCGAAGAGGAUGACGGGGUUGUUUUGACCAUAGUAUGCAACAAAACAGGUACUCACAGUAUCUUGAUCGCACUCGAUGCCAAAACGUUGACUGAAGUGGGCCGCGCGAUUAUGUCAACGGUGUAUCCAUUAGGCCCACAUGGAACAUUCAUUGAAAUGUGA